CUCAUCUCUGUUUAAAACUAUGAUCAAAGUGUUUUGAUAAUUACCGAAAUGAUGAAUUUUAUGAACAAAAAUCCGGUCAUAAAAUUGAGGCAAAAUUCAUGGACGGAUUCCUUUAAAAAGUGGGAUAAGCGUAUAGAAUCUAGGAGCGUGCCCUUUGCAACGACAACAUCGAAACAUCCAAAAACUUCACUUAAGUGGAACUCUGUCGUCGGACUGGAAAUUCAUGCACAAAUAUUAUCCCAGUCAAAAUUAUUCUCAGGAGCUGAAACUUCUUUUCUUAGUCCGGUCAAUACGAAUGUCGCGCUUUUUGAUUGUGCUAUUCCUGGGACUUUACCUGUUUUGAAUAAGCGAUGCGUAGAAGCUGGAGUCAUCACGGCACUAGCUCUUUCUUGCAAACUCAAUCAUACUUCCACAUUUGAUAGAAAGCAUUAUUUUUAUGCAGAUCUACCGGCAGGUUACCAAAUUACCCAGCAACGUCAACCUUUAGCUCAAGAUGGAACAUUUAGUUUUUUUGUGUAUACACCUGGUGUACAUAAAAAACCAUACAGAAAGUCAUCAAAACUGAAACAGCUUCAAUUAGAACAGGACAGUGGUAAAAGUUUACACGAUGAAGAUGCAAAAAUAAGUUUAAUUGAUUUGAACCGUGCUGGAAUACCAUUGAUGGAAUUAGUAUUUGAACCUGAUCUGUCAGAUGGAGAAGAAGCUGCUGCUCUUGUUAAAGAACUUGCUCUUAUUUUACAAACAUUAGGAACGUGUUCAUCUAAGAUGGAAGAAGGAGCGCUCCGUGUUGAUGCCAAUGUCUCGGUAAAUAAAUUGGAUGAGCCUUUAGGAGUUCGCACAGAGAUAAAAAAUAUUGGCAGCGCGCGCGCUGUUGCAACAGCUGUACAAUUUGAAAUAAAAAGACAAAUAUCAGAACUAGAAAAGGGACAUGAAAUUGUAAAUGAAACUCGCUCAUGGGAUGCUGUGCAUAACAUAACUGUUUCAAUGAGAGAUAAAGAGGAAAAACAAGAUUACAGAUUUAUGCCUGAACCCAAUUUGCCUCCCCUUCGUCUUCACUUUGGCAAGAAAGAAGAAAAUAAUUUAAAUCUAAUUGAUGUAAAUUUACUGAGAACACAGAUUCCAGAAUUGCCAGAGCAGACAAGAACUCGGUUGAUAGAACAGUAUGGCCUCACUUUUGAAAAAGCUAACAUUUUAACGAACAACACAGUUUUGCUGCAAAUGUUCCAUGAUAUUUUAAAUGAAAAGAAUACUCGAGAUCCAAUGGUUGUCACAAAUAUUUUACUUAACGAGAUGUUAACUGUGGUCAAUAAAAAUAACAUGGAGCUUGAAUCCUGUGUUCUAACACAUCGACACAUUGGUGAGGCAAUCGAUUUGCUGCACGAGAGGAUAAUUAAUAACCUCAUAAUGAGGAAGAUAUUCAAAGAAUUGGUUUCUCGCCCUAACUGUUCGACGAUGCAGAUCGUCGAGGAAAACAAUUGGUUUCAAAUAACGGAUAAAGUUGAACUGAAGCAGCUGUGUCAGGAGGUUCUUGAUGGAAAUCCAGAUAUUGUUAAAAAAUACAAAAAAGGAAAGAUAAAAGUUUUCGGUGCAUUAAUUGGACAAGUCGGUAAAAGAACUGACUUCAGAGCUGACUUGUCGAGCGCUGAGAAGAUUCUGAAAGAAAUGCUAAGUACCUAGUGAUGAUUUUGAAAGCAACCAGAGAAGCGGCAAGACAUACUCAACAGUAGUUGGACACAAUCAUUAGAAAAAUAAUUGUAAAAAAUCCUUACAAAACGACUGACUUUUUAAAAAAUAAUCACUAGUCCUUUUAAUUGUAUUAUUUAUUGACGAAUAAUUAUCAUAACGUUUAAGUACGUGCUCAAGAUCAUGUAGACCCACUGGAUUGAGUAUAACUCGCAUACGAUACUUCUAACAAAUUUAAGAACAUGAAAUAUAAAUCGUAUGUCCAGAUUUUAAUUGCAUUAUUGUUUAUGAUAGUCACAAGUACAAAAUCAAGUAGGAAAUAAAUAUUUGUGGUACAUCGAA